AUGGUGGUCUUGAGAUUACCCGUCUUGUGGCCGACGAUAUGGCCACUGCUGCUGCUCCAGGUCAGCUGCAAGACACCCUCAUGUGCCAGGGAGAACGAGAGGUACUCUGAUCCCGCGGUUAUGCUUCCACACAGUCACGAAAAGACCGCAGCUGACUGUCAGCAGAGAUGUGCGGAAAACCCGGGCUGCCAGAAGUUCAGCUUCGACAAACUCUCUUUGCCUUCGGGGGCUUGCUGGCUCUAUCACAACGCCCUGGCAGUGAAGAUGCCCGGGAUCAAUGUCAUCAGCGGGCCGAAGGUCUGUUCCGAGGACCAGACGGCCCCAGUGCAGCCGGCAGCUUCCGAUGUCCUCAGCACGAAGCUGGCGCAUGAGCUUCAACAUAUGCAGGAGGACCCGGAGGUCGCAAAGUUGAUGAAUGGCGCAACGACCGCAGCACCGACGGCAACGACCGAAGGGACCACGGGAACAAGUGGUACCACCACCGCUCCGGCAACGACCGAGGGGACCACGGAGAGCGCCGAAACUUCAGCGACGACGGUGGAAUCGACGACAGAGGCCACCACUGAAUCCCCAUCGACCACAUCGGAGGAGAAGGCCUCUGCCCAAGAAUCUGACGCCCCGGAAGGAGGGCUGGUGGAGGCCUGCGAAGGCGGCUUGAGCACAGGGUGCCCAGUGGAGUGGCAGACCGGUGCAGGCGGCUAUUACUGCUACGAUACACAGGGCUGCCGGCCGGUGGUAGAUGGGCCCUUCCCCUUGGAGGAUUGCCAG